UUGGUGUAACCAUGUGUCCUUUUCCCCCAGUUUUUGCCCCGUUUCUAUAUACCAUGCUUUAUUAUAUGAAGGACCAUUGACCCACCAUUAAUACCACCACCACCCUCUUCUUAUUACCUCUUGCGAGCACCCUGGAUUCCCCCUCCCCAAUUCCCUCAUCACUCCACUCCCCCUCUCCUCUAUUAAAACGAGCUCUCCCUUUCCCCUCCACCUAUCAAACUUGCUUCUGAAUCAAACAACAUGGGUGGCGACUCUCUUCUCUUUCUCUCCGUCUUUCUCCUUCUAUCUUCUGCAACUGCUUGCGACAGAUGCGUGCGUCAGUCCAAGGCUUCCUACUUCUACUCCUCCUCAGCUCUCUCCGCUGGGGCUUGUGGCUAUGGACCCAUGGCGCUGGGCUUCAAUGGAGGCUUUCUUGCUGCUGCCAGUUCUUCUCUCUAUAGAGGAGGGGUUGGUUGUGGAGGCUGCUUCCAGAUUAGAUGCAGGAGCGCCAAGGUUUGCAGCAGCGGAGGAGUUGAAGUAAUGGUGACGGACUCGAGCAAGAGCAACCGCUCGGACUUCGUGCUCUCCCCCUCGGCGUUCAUGGCCAUGGCGAAGGAGGGGAUGGGCCAGGAAUUGAAGCAGCUUGGAAUGGUGGACGUGGAAUACAAGAGGAUUCCGUGCAAACACGGGAACCAGAACCUGGCCAUUAGAGUGGAAGAGCACAGCCGCUGGCCAAACCAUCUAGCCAUCAAAUUUUUGUACCAGGGUGGCCAGACCGACAUCGUGGCCGUCGAUGUUGCCCAGGUUGGGUCGAGCAGUUGGAGGUAUAUGAGCCGGGAUUACGGGGCGGUCUGGAGCACGAACCGGGCGCCGGCCGGGCCGCUGCAGUUCAGGAUGGUGGUGACGGGCGGCUACGAUGGGAAGUGGGCGUGGGCUCAGGAGGAGGUCCUCCCGGUCGAGUGGAAAACCGGGGCGGUCUACGACCUGGGGGUUCAGCUCUCUGAUAUCGCCCAAGAGAGCUGCUCUCCCUGUGAUACACGGCAGUGGAAGUGAGACAAAUAGGCUAACUUUUGUUCUUUUUGGAUUUGUACAUUGUUAAUUGAAUGAUGAUGUGACGGUUUAAAAUAAGAAGAGGAAAAUGGCCUAUGUCUCUGUGUACGGCCAGCAGAAACAUUGGACCGGGUCUUUUGGGAUUAUUAUUCAAAAUCCGGAGUAGACGGCAGAAAGUUGGUGUUUGACAGUAAAAAACUUCUUUUUCUUUGGAUCGCAGCAGAAGGAAUUCUAAAUUAGUUUUUCCUUCUCUUUUAAA